AUAAUAAUUAUUAUUGCUUUAUUACAAUCGAACUCGUGUGUAUGUACAAUACUACGUUAUAAGUGUGUGAAUAUUUAAUUACUUGUAGUCAUUUUGAUAGCGGAAGUUGAACUUCUGUUGAAAAUAAAUUUGUGUACUUCCGGAAUCUUGGCGGAGCAUCUGUGGUUCUAGCCUCCUUCACAAGGUGAGGAAGAGCGGCCUGGGAUCGAGGCUACUGUGAUUCUAGCCAUCUUGGGUGAGGGGGAGUACCCUAGCCCUAUAGAUGGGAGUGUCUUGUAGAGUUACUACGCAUGUGCAAACUGACCUAUCAUUUUGGGUGGGUAAAGAUCAUUACAAACAAAACUAUUGAUGUCAGAAAUUGGUUUACAGUCCCGCCCCCCUUUUCCACAACAUAAUGUAAUGGGAUACGCCCUCUAAACAUAAAGCUUAAAGCUAGUGCAGCAUCAGACCUAUAUAUAUCUAUGAUCAAACCGACUGCAGGUGUACUGUACUAGUGGACAGCAAGCUACAGGAUCAAGCAAUGGCUCAGAAACCUAAGGAGCUAUUUUCCGGGGUCCUCCAGAAGUGUGGAGGGAAGUACAAGUCAUGGAACAAGCGAUUCUUCAUUCUAAAAGAUGAUUAUUGUCUCUACUAUUAUAAGGACACGUCCAAAGGUCACCUCGGUGCAAUAUCACUCCGAGAUACAAAGUUCAAAGUGCGUAAAGGAGAAGCCAGUGAUGUGUCAUGGCCUAAAGCUGCUGAUCUUGUUUGUUGCUUUGCGAUUGUCACCAACCAACGAACUUAUUGCAUGUAUUCUGACAGGCAAGACGAAACAGAUGAUUGGAUUAGAAUGCUGCAAGGAGCACGUGAUAAACUGCUCAGUGAGAACCUCGAUGCUAACCGACUGAUGGGAGGUCAAAGGUCACAGAGUACGAGUAUGGUGGGUAGCAACGGAACAAUAGAAGAACAAAGCUCGGACACUGGUGGGCGGCCGCACAGUGAGGAGAUGCCACGCCCCCCUGAUCUUGAGGUUCCACGCCCACCUAACGGCACAGAGCGUCAGCUGACAUACGAGGAAAUGAAUCCCGCCCCCUCAGAUAUUGAUGAGUGCCCCGAGGCUUUCUAUGAUGUGGCCAAACCCAUCGAACAAUUGUACACUGAUCCUGAGAAAGAUAGGUCAAGGUUCAACUCCGAUAACUUAGAGCCUGUUUAUGAUCAAGCCGUACAAGUAACAGAUGAACCCAGUGACCUUUACGAGGAAGUUGGACCUGAUAGUUCUAUUACUUCUAUUAAAUCACAGCCGCUCCCUCCAAUACCAAAAGUCGUUGCCACGGAUACCGAAUUAGCAUUGUACGAGGAUAUUAGCCAAUUAGGUGAUCAACCUUUGUACGCAAGUGUGAGCGAAGAGAGUUUAAAGGUCAACAGUGGACGUGAGAAAAUUAAAGACAUUGAGAACAGCGGUGAAUUCCCAACAACAACCACAAAUGAAGCGCCCCCUCUGCCCCCCAAAGAUGACUUUCCACCUUUACCCCCACGAGACAAUCUCCCCCCACUGCCCCCCAAAGACGAUUCUCCUCCACUGCCCCCCAAAGAAGAUUCUUCCCCACUGCCCCCCAGAGUUAUUUCUCCUCCACUGCCCCCUAAAGAGGAUGAGUCAUCAGUUGCCAUAACAACACCCUCUCUGUUACCGGCUAAAGAAUCACCUGAUUUGAAGCUCAAAUCUGAUUGGCCACUGCAAGAGAACAAUAGUGCGUACUAUGAUGACGUUGAGGAAGUGAUGAACGAAGUCAAUAAAAUACAAUUGUCUGAACUUGAUAACGGAACACCGCCCACUCCACGCAAGGUCAACGGCUAUCACACCCCCCCAUCACAUGACUCACCAACCUCACAGCAUACGCCCCCAUCCCCUCACACACCGCCCACACCUCGAAAAAGAACACUAACACCACCCACUCCACGGAAAAUAUCGCAAACAGAACUGCCACCCUCACCUCACAAGCCUCGUACGCCCCCCAGCCCUCACAAGCUUGGUACGCCCCCGUCACCUCAUAAACCUCGUACGCCCCCUUCCUCUCACACCCCUCACAAGCUUGAUACGCCCCCGUCACAUCACAAGCCUCGUACGCCCCCAUCAUCUCACACCCCUAACAAGAUUUGUACACCCCCGUCACCUCACAAGCCUCACACACCUGACACGCCCCCCACACCUCACACACCUCACAAACCUCGUACUCCACCCUCACCUCUCAAGCCUCACACACCUGACACGCCCACCUCCCCCUCUCUCUCCACACCUCACACACCCCCUCGCUCUCCCAAGCCCUCCCCCACACCUAGACGAAAGCUGAUGAAGAUCUCAGAGCCAGCACCGGAAGAACAGUCUAACACUGUGACGUGCCCUCUAUCUCCGGACAGAGGUCACAACCUUUUCCUCUCUCGUCAGAAGUUGUCACAGGGAGAGAGCAAACGUAGAGCCGAUACUGUCCAACUGACCUCUGACCCUACCCUGACCUCUAUAGAAAAAGCAUCCAUCGCAUCAACACUUAGAGAGGUUGAGAAGGAGCGGCUGAUGGCGAGCGAGGAAAGGUUUCUAUUGGAGAGAGAAAGAAAGAAAUUUGAAGAUGAGCGGAGGAAGUUUGAAGAAGAGAAACGAUUGCUACAAGAACAGUUGAGCAAUGCCAAGAAACAAUUAGACCAGACCAAAACUUAGCGUUAUUUUGUGUAUAGAUCACUCGUACAAUACUUAUCUACCCUUAGCAAUUGCAACAUGUUCACGCUAAUUUUAUAAUUAAGAAUCGA